UAUUUUUACGGCUUCUAGAAAAUUCAACGAAUUGCAUUUUGGGAGUGAUUGAACAAUUUCAACAAUUAAAUGGCGAAAAAAAUAAGUGAUGCCGACCGGCAAGAGCUUGCAGCUAAAUUGGACAAGGAACUAGAUGAGUUUAUCGAUGGCCUGGAGAAACGUCGGUACACUGAAGGUUGGCCAGAAGAUCGGUGGCAAGAGGAAAUGGAAAAGCAUCCAUUCUUCAUGAAACGUCUCCCGGAAGUUGGUGAAGAAGUUGAUCCACUUGUUGAAGGAAUCCAGCAAUUGAAGUAUGAUCCCCUGGAGAAUACACCUGAAGAACUUGCUGGGAGUUACAAAGAAGAUGGGAAUUUUCAUAUGAAACACCGGAAGUACCGCAUCUCCAUUAUCAGCUAUACGGAAGGUAUCAAGGCAAAGUGCGAUAAUGCCGAGUUAAAUGCUGCAUUGUACAACAACCGAAGUGCUGCUCACUUUUUCCUCAAGAACUAUCGGUCAGCUCUACUGGAUGCCCAAAAAGCUGUUGAGUUGAAGCCUGAUUACAUAAAAGCCCUAUUUAGAGCUGUUAAAUGUGCCGAAGCAUUGCAAAAGUACGAUCUCUGCAUUGAGCUGUGUGAUCAAUUGCUAACUAAAGAUUCCACGCAUAUAGAUACUCUAACAAUCAGACAGAAUUGCAGCACAAAAAAGGUGCAGAAGGAGCAUGAGGACCGCAAAAGAGCAGCUCAGCAGAAGAAGAAACUCGCUGAAGAACAAAAAGUUAUUGAAAAAUUGAAAGAGCGUGGAGUACGUUUUCUUGAGAUUGAGAGUAAGGCAUUUACCGAAGUAACAAUGGAUAUUUUGAAGCCAAAAUAUGCUCCAAUUGAAGAUUUCCCCGUUUGCCUGGCCCCGGACGAUCAGCUAUGUUGGCCAGUUGUCUUCUGUUUCCCGGAAUUCAAUGUGAGUGAUUUUCAGCAGCAACUGGAUGAGAGCUUCACACUGGAGGAUUGCAUACAAGACAUUUUGUAUGAGAAUGAAGAACGAGAUUUGGAAGGAGUAUACAAAAUAGACAAUGUUAAUGUCUACUAUGAAAAUAAUCUCCUGGGAAAAGUUUUCCUUGCAAAUAUGGCACUCACACUGAAGGAAAUUACUCAGUUGGAAACAUUUCUCGUAAGUGCUGGAUGCUUAACUUUCUAUAUUUUACCUAAAUAUUCGGAUGAAGAAAAGGAAUAUCUCAAUUUGCGAAGAAUGCCAAUGAAGCCUGCAUUUUGAAAUUUUUAAGAUAUCGCCAAAAAGCUAAAGAAUUUCAGAUAUCUCAAUCUAAUCAAAUUAUUAGAUACUAAAGUCCUAACUUCCUGGCCAUCCUGAAUAAAACUUUCUAUAUGAGAAUAAAUGUAUUAAAAUAAACAA